AUUUGAAUACAUGUCGAUGGCCCGAUGUCGCAAUGGAUUUAUUUAAAAUGGGGGUAUAGCUUCUCUCUAAUGAGAUGCUGUUGCGCUUUAUAUAUAACUAUGAACUUCACUUUUAUAUCCUUAAUCAUUAAACAAAUCCACGUGGCGUCCAUUUCGACCUGUUCGGUGUAUUGCAUCUUCAUAUUCUAAAACCAUGUCAAGCGGAAUCUUACGGACAAAGGGUUCGAGUAUAGUCGAUGCCAAUGGAAAUGUGGUGUUGCUUCGUGGUACAGCUCUAGGAGGAUGGAUGCUCAUGGAGAACUUCAUGAAUGGCUUUCCAGGCCGUGAAAUGCAGAUUCGACGAGCAUUGGAUGAAGUGCUUGGUAAAGAAAAGAGUGAAUUCUUUUUUGACAAGUUCUUGGAAUACUUCUUCACCGAGAAGGAUGCCGAAUUCCUGGCGUCGCUGGGCAUAAAUUCCCUACGAUUACCGUUGAAUUAUCACCAUUUUGAAGACGACAUGAACCCAAUGGUUAUCAAAGAAGAAGGCUUCAAGCAUGUCGAUCGGGUUGUUAAAAUUUGCGCCAAGUAUAAUAUCUACACGAUCUUAGAUCUCCAUGCUGCACCUGGUGGCCAGUCUCAAGAUUGGCACUGCGAUAAUCCUACAGGCUACGCUGCAUUCUGGGAUCAUAAGCAUUUUCAGGACCGAGUGAUCAACCUUUGGCAAUUUAUUGCGAGGCGCUAUAAGUCAAAUACUUGGGUCGCAGGAUACAACCUUCUGAACGAGCCCGCUGACCAGAAGUGGUCGCGUCUCUUAGCCUUUUAUGAUCGUAUCGUACCAGCUGUGAGAGCAAUUGAUCCAGAUCACAUACUCUGGCUUGAAGGCAACACAUUCAGCAUGGACUUUUCUGGAUUUUCAACAGUCUUCCCCAACACUGUAUACGCGGUGCACGACUACUGCGGAUUUGGCUUUCCUAAUCGAAUUGGCCGCUAUAAAGGAGAACCAGAGCAGGAUGUCUACAUCCGCAAAAUGUAUGACCGCAAAGUCGAGUUUAUGAAGAAGCACAACGUACCAAUUUGGAACGGAGAGUUCGGACCCAUUUACGAAAGACCGGAAACGAAUGCGGAAUGGGAGGAACAGAACGAAGAACGCUACAAGAUGCUUGACAAGCAGAUGUCUAUUUAUACUGCUGAAGGAAUUGCUUGGAACAUUUGGUCCUACAAAGAUAUCAAUGUAAUGGGCAUGACGCACCUCUCUCCUGCGUCUGCCUGGAUGCGUCUACUCGCUCCCAUUCUCGAGAAGAAGCGCGCUUUAGCUGUCGACUCCUGGGCCUACGAUGAUGCACAUUUGCAGCCCGGACUUUUCGAGCCCCUUCAUCAAUGGUUCGCGGACAAUGUGCCCGAAAAGUACAGCAAGAAAUAUCCUUGGCAGUGGCGCAUGCACAUGCACGUCUUUCGUGGUAUUAGAGGCAUCACCAUGGCUGAAUACAUGAUACCGGAGUGGGCGGAUUAUUUCAAAGACUUGAGCUACGAACAGCUGGACGAACUGGCAGCGAGCUGGAAAUUUGAGAACUGUGUCGGACGUCAGCGACUAAAUGAGUCGCUGGCUUUAUACGCGACUAUGAAGCCAGGUGAUGCGAGAUUAGAGGGGAAAGUUAUUCAGAGCACAGUGGUCGAAGGGCAAGAGGAGGAAGGCGUGUUUGAGUUGAGCCCAAGUGAAAAGUUGAAGUCACAGCAGGCGAAUGCCCCAGAGGCUGUGGUGGUUUUGUAGUUUGAUGAUGUAAGAACAGCUCACACGGCCGUGUCACUUUGGACUUGAGCGCCUCCUUUUUUUUCCGCACGCGACAAUUCCGCUCUACAAGAACUUUCUGCUUGAUAUACCUCUCCAGUCCGCUGCCAGAAGGAGGUGCUGAGCCGGACCAAUUAUAUAGUGGAUACGCCGACCUUGGUGGUUUCAUAGUCAAUGAAUGAAC